AUGGAGUCUGGUUCCGGAGGAUGGGCUGGUGGCGAAGCAUGUCUUCCGGCUGUGCAAAUGGCUCUGGAAGAUGUGAACAGUCGGCUCGACAUACUACCCGGAUACACACUCAAUAUGACUAAUCACAAUUCUCAAGUAGCUAAGAAGUACAUUCUGAAUGGUAACUUCAAAAUGUCUUUUUUCAGUGUCAACCUGGUCUCGCUAUGCAACAAUUAUACGAUUUUCUAUAUAAGCCUCCAACGAAACUCAUGCUUUUGACCGGAUGUAGUCCGGUUACUACAGUAAUUGCAGAAGCAGCUCCUGUUUGGAAGCUGGUAGUGGUGAGUAACUCAGAACAUCAUUCUUAUUUAAUAAAAAGCUAACAAAGUCUGUUCAUUUCUUUCUUUCUCUGUUUUUCUGGCCACUUUUUCAUUUCUAAAACAAAAAUAGCUGUAACGGAGAAAUUAGGAAAUUUACACGUGAAUUUUCAAACGGUUCUAAGAAUCCAACAAACGGCGAAGCCGCUACAGAGCGUUACCUCGGCCCGCGCAGCUGGCCGAAGUUCAAAAGUCUUGUUAAGUAUAGUUUUAUAAUCAUUAUUAUAGUUAUCGUAUGGGGGCAGUUCUCCGGCGCUAUCAAAUAGGAAUCGGUUUCCCACGUUAUUCAGAACUCAUCCAUCAGCGAAUAUGCAGAAUCCUACUAGGUUUGUAUUGAACAAAAACAUGAAAUUUUAUAAACGAUCAUUUCAGAAUUCACAUAAUGGACAAAUUCAAAUGGAAGAGGUUCACUAUUCUGAUGUCCGUCGAAGAAGUCUUUGUGACAACUGCGAAAGAUCUUGAGGUUUUCAAACAUUUUUCAUAAUAUAGAUUGAUGUUUGGCUUACAGGCGAUAGCACGCAAGAAAGGUAUCAAAGUGGACCGUCAGAGUUUCUAUGGAGAUCCGACGGAUGCAAUGAAAACGCUACAGCGCCAAGAUGCAAGAAUUAUAGUCGGAUUGUUCUAUGUAACAGAAGCCAGAAAAGUUUUGUGUCAAGUAAGUUUCAUAUUGUUUUCUGCACAGUGUUAAUAAACAUAUCAAGGCGUACCAUAAUGGUUUGUAUGGCCGCCGUUACGUUUGGUUCUUCAUCGGAUGGUAUGCGGAUACAUGGUACAUGCCACCGCCCGAUGAGCACUUGAAUUGCACGGCUGAGCAGAUGGCAGAAGCAGCCGAAUACCAUUUCACAACGGAAAGUGUAAUGCUCUCUCGGGACACUGUUCCGGCCAUUUCCGAAAUGACCGGCAAGCAAUUCCAAGAGCGUCUCACUCGAUAUUUCGAAAAGGACACUGCAAAUGUCGGAGGCUUCCCCGAAGCUCCAUUGGCAUACGACGCUGUUUGGUGAGUCAACUUUCGUUCGCAAAUUGAUAGGAAUGGAACAAUUUUAGGGCGCUCGCGUUGGCGUUUAAUUGCACUCGUAACAAUUUGCCAUCGAAUGUCCGGCUGGAAAACUUUUCGUACGACAAUAAGGUCAUCGCGGACACUCUGUUCCAGUGCGUUAAAAACACUUCUUUUAGGGGUGUGUCGGUGAGUUAUGGUUCAAACGAAAUCAUGCAUCAAAAGUGUGUUUGCAGGGAAAAGUAAUGUUUUCGGACUCGGGAGAUCGUAUUGCUAGGACACAGAUCGAGCAAAUGCAAGGAGGAAAAUACAAAAUUAUGGGAUAUUAUGACACAACGACGGGCGAGUUGGAAUGGUACAACAAGGAGCAGUGGUUGAAUGGAAGGGGACCUCCACCAGAUUCUACUGUCAUCAAAAAACACGCCAUGACUGUAUCUAAUGAGGUAUUCAAGCACGUUUUCAGCAUAAUUCAAUUAAUGUUCAAUUUCAGUUUUAUUAUCCGACAAUAUUCUUCGCAAUUCUUGGAAUCGUUUCUUGCUUUCUCAUUUAUCUUUUUACUCAAAAACAUAGAGAACGACUGUAACUAUUCGAGAAUUCGAAAAAAGUGAAACACUGCAAAUUUUCAGUAUAAUAUUGCAAUCUCAGCCAAAAUGCAAUAACAUGCUACUUCUCGGGUGCUCCCUCUGCCUUUUCUCGCUUCUACUUAUAGGAUUACCUUCCGAUGACAUCACCAUCCCGGAUUCCAUUUUCUCAUUCCUUUGUCAUGUACGUUUAUGCAAUCGUAUUAUCCUUUUCAACGUCACUUUUCAAGGCUCGUGUCACAAUUCUACUUUUUGGGUUCACUUUUGCGUAUGGGUCUAUGUUUGCAAAGGUGUGGAUUGUCCAUCGAAUGGGUGCAACCGAGAAUCAGCAAUUGGCAAGUCGACAGAAAGACGAGGUGAGCAGUUGGACCCUCGGGCAGAUUUACAGAAAAAGAAACGUUUUCCCAUAAUCCUCUUACUUCACGGUUUUCUGAAUUCCAGUUAAAGCCCUUACUGAGUAACUUCUCCGAUAAGGUAAGUGGAGAAUGAGAAUGAGACCGAUUUUGAAAAGCAAUCAGCAAUCAGAGAAUGAUAAUCGGAGACCGAACGCUUUCUAGAGUUAUUUUCUAUCCUUCCUGCUCCAAAUGAUUUCCUACCCUCAUUAUUGCAAGACAUUCGUCUGUGUUUUCAAAUUUCAAUGAUUUCAGUAGAAAAUUGAGGAGUAUACAUUGAGAAUUAGCAGUGGAAUGCUACGGCUGUAUGACGGCUGCAUGUUGGCCUGGAUUGAUUGAAAUCCUCUUAAUUUCACUUCCUCCCAACUUGGCCCUUUUUCACAAUCCGACAGUAACGUUCCCUCAUGAUUCUUCACUCCUCCUCUAUCAUUUGAUUCCAAUUCCUUCUCUAAUUGUAUUUCAUUGAAUCGUAACAGGAAGAGAACACCCCGUGGGAAGGUAUCCGCACCUUGAUAUCCACGAUGGUCGGUCGACAGGCUCUAAUGCGCAAAUCGUCAGGACAAGCGUACGGUGCACUGCUGGAAAAGCGGAACACGGUCCUUAAUCAGGUGCUGACAAGAGACAUCUCUUGCCGAUUCUUUUUGGCUGUGAACCACUACUUCUACAUGUUUUGAAUGUAGUACUCAUAUCCUUUUUAUCACAGUUACUCACACAGCACUCAUUAACAACUUCUUUUCUGAUAUUAACACAAUCACACACACUUUUUUCAUCACAGGACGUAAGAAAAAAGGUUCUUCAGGAGAUUCAGAUAAUCUAAUGGUAACAGAAACCUAUUCCGACGAUCCUUCCACUAACGCCAGUCAUUUUUUCUUGUCAUGCUUCUAUUCUUCCGGAUUCUCCUACAACUUUCCGACUUUUUAUCGCAUGUCGUCUGCCUGUACUACUAACUGUUUUCUCUUUCUUUCUCUCUAGAAAACACCGCCUGUUUUCCACUCACUUUAAAAGUUUCGAGUUUUCGUUUUUUCCUUUCAUCGCAUGGGAUAAUGAGCGAAGAAUGCUAUGCUGCUGAUUCAUAGCUAGACAUUAUCCGUCAUUUUUCUGUCUCUUGACAUCCGACACUUUCAGCCCAUUUCCGCGUCCAAAUUCUACGUGAUCGUCGCCGCUCUCACUGCUGUUGACGUUUUUGUCUGUGCUAUUUGGAUCCUGAUAGACCCUCUGCAGCUUACUGAACAAAAAUUUCCUCUUCUGGUGAGAAAACAUUUUUUUUUGCGCCGGCAAAACAUGUUAUUCUGGAACCAAUGAUUGUAGGCGCCAGCUGAUAGUGAAGAAGACGAAAUGAUAAUGCCAGUGCUCCAACAGUGUCAAAGCAAUCAACAAGAAGUCUGGAUAGGUACACAAAAACAAGAGACCCAGAAAAAUUAUUGAUUUUCAGGUAUAAUUAUGGGAUUCAAAUGCCUACUUUUAGUCUUUGGAACUUUUCUGUCUUAUGAAACACGGAAUCUGAAACUUCGUUUUAUAAAUGACUCCCGGUUCGUGGGUCUUGCCAUCUACAACGUCGCCGUGAUGACUCUUGUCACUGCGCCCGUUGUGACUCUUCUCAUUCACGGCAAAGUGGAUGCCAACUUUGCAUUCAUUUCAUUGACUGGUAUGGUAAACAAUACAUUGAAAGUUUAACCAAAUUUCUCCCAGUCCUUAUAUGCACCUACAUUUCUGUUGGAUUAAUCUAUGGUCCCAAGAUUCGGCACAUCAUCAAAGUACCUCCGAGUGCGGAUGAAGUCCAACAGAAUGGAAACAUCGGCGCUUGUGUUAUGUCAAAAGUGGAUCAGAAGAGAUAUGACUUGUUGAAGAAGGAGAAUGAGACUCUGCAGAAGCAAAUCGAGGAGGUAACACACCAAAUUCAACGGUUCCUUUCAAAUCUCGCAUUUCCAGAAAGAGAAGAAGAUUCACGAGUGUAGGGAGCGUCUGGACGCGUUGGCGAACAAUUCCGAGACCGACGAGACGAACGCUCAAUCGUACAGCGGCAAUAACAAACAGCUUACCGGUAAGGCUUAGCGUUAAGUUUUUCCUGCCAAAGACCUGUUGUUCAGAAGAGAAUAUGACGUAUUCAACGGCAACCACACUUACCACAACAAUUCCAUUAAUUGAUUUGCAACCGAAUGGAAAUCACCCGGGUAAUUUAGAAGGAAAUAUGACUUUGAAACUUUAUUCAUACAACUUUGCAUGCAGGUCAAAUAUAUGAGAACGAGAACGACGAUGAUGAUCGCUCCUCAACGUCAUCCGAUGAAAUAUUAUUAUGA